AUGGAGUACAAAGUGACAGUGGCGACAGGGACCUCAGAGUACUCUGGGACCAAUAAUUAUAUCUAUGUUACCUUGGUGGGAGAGAAAGGUGAGAGUGAGAGAACACUACUGGACAAUCCUGGCUUGGACUUCUGCAGAGGAGCGGUAGAUGACUACACAGUUCAUACCACGUCUCCUCUGGGACGCAUCCUCUUGGUGCGUCUGGAAAAGGAGAAAUACUGGGUGGAAGACAACUGGUUUUGCCGUUAUGUGAAAGUCGCUGUACCGGGAGACGCUGCCCAUUUGACGUUUCCCUGCUAUCGUUGGUUAGUGGGCAACGUGAAAGUGGAGCUACGUGAAGGCGCAGCAAAAAAGCAGACUGAUGACUACUUACCUGAGCUUCUGGCCCACAGGAAAACAGAGCUCUGCGAAAGACAGAAAACGUAUCGAUGGCAAGCAUGGGCGCCUGGUAUUCCCAAGUGUAUCGAUGCCAAAUCAGAGGCGGAUCUUCCUCAGGAUGCCCGUUUUGAUAAUGAAAAAAGGAGUGAUUUCGAGGGUUCUCUCCAGUACGCACUUCUGGAGCUGUCUCUGAAGAAGUUGGCCAUCAAGUUUGGCAGGUCUUGGACUGACCUGGAUGACUUUAAGCGAAUCUUCUGGAAACUGAGAAGCCCCAUUGCUGAGUAUACCAUGCAGCACUGGAAGGAAGACUGGUUUUUCGGCUACCAGUUCCUGAAUGGUUCGAACCCUCGUAUGAUCCAGAGGUGCCAGGAGCUGCCCUCUAACUUCCCACUCUCAGGAGACAUGGUCCAGGCUUCUCUAGCACCCCGAACCACUCUGGACAAGGAACUCAAGGCAGGAAAUAUCUACCUAGUUGACUAUGCAAUUGUGGAUGGUGUUCCCACAAACGUCAUCAGGAACCAGCAGCAGUACAUCGCUGCCCCUCUCUGCUUACUGUAUGAGCAUCCUGACGAAGGCCUCAUUCCCAUUGCAAUACAACUGGAGCAGAACCCUGGGAGAGACAGUCUGAUGUUCCUUCCCAGUGACCCGCCCUUGGCCUGGUUAUUGGCCAAGAUGUGGGUCCGUCACUCAGAAUUCCAGGUUUUUCAGUUGCUGUCUCAUCUGCUGCGCACUCACUUGGUGGCGGAAGUGUUCUGUGUGGCCACGCUGCGUCAGUUGCCUGCUGUACACCCCAUUUACAAGCUACUAACACCUCAUUUGAGGUACACACUGGAGAUUAAUUGUCGUGGCCGUACUCAGCUCAUCUCUGCAGAUGGGAUCUUCAAAAGGGUGGUGUCCACAGGAGGAGAUGGGCUCUUGGUUUUGGCUCAGAGAGAGUAUAAGAUCCUAACCUACCGCUCCCUCCAGCCCCCAUAUGACUUCCUGGACCGCGGAGUCACCAAACUCAAGAACUAUUUCUACAGAGACCACGCUCUAAUGCUGUGGGAUGUUAUUCAGAGUUUCGUCACGGGGAUGGUGUCGCUGUAUUACAGUAGCGACAGUGAUGUGGUGGAGGACCCCGAACUGCAGGCUUGGAUAAAAGACGCUGUUGAGGAGGGUUUUGUGGACGUGCCACAAUUCGGUCUGGACAGUGAGCUAAAGAGUAAGAAAGAACUUGUCACACUGCUAAGUGUUAUCAUCUUUACCUGCACGGCACAGCAUGCAGCGACCAAUAACGGACAGUUUGACUGGUGCGCGUGGGUCCCAAACACUCCGUGCACCAUGCGCCAGCCCCCGCCCACCGACAAGGAUGCCAUCACCAUGCAGCUGAUCAUGGAUACGCUCCCUGAUAUCAGCCAAUCAUGUGUAGAGCUGGCCAUCACGUGGCAUCUGGGUCGGGCCCAGCCGGACGCGAUCCCUAUGGGACAAUAUGUGGAGCAGUACUUUACUGAGUCACAGGCCCAGCAGUUGAUUGACAGGUUCAGGAAGGACCUGAAGGAGGUGGAGGAGCAGAUUGUGAGUCAGAACAAAGGCGUGGAGCUCCAGUACCUGUACCUGUGUCCCAGCCGCAUUGAAAACAGCAUUACCAUCUGAAAUCCACCCGCCUUUUCCCAGCGUCCUACUUCCAACAGGGGGCGCUUCUGAGCCUCCAAAUCUCCACUCACACGUAUCACAUUUCUCAGAGUGCUGAUUUAGGAAUAGUUUUUGCCUUUCACGAUCCUAAUAAAUAGAGUUGUAUCGACCGGCAAAAGCCAUUCCGAGAUCAGCUUACUUUGAGACGCCUGAUACAAAUGGGUUCUGGUCAGCUGUGUAUGCAUCCAUAAUUAUACAGAGAGCUCUGUGUUUCUGUACAAAAUCUUUAAUUUAAUAUCCACAUGGACUAUCUGUGUAACUGCUUUGCCCACUGGAGGACCAGAAUUGUACACCAGUUCAUCUUCUUCACCAUUAUACAUACUGUACCACUACAGCAUCAGAUAUAGCGUCGUGUCAUUACGGCCUAACUGUACAUAGUUAAAUGGCUUCACACUUAACCUUUAACAGAAGUAAUGUUUAUAGUUUUAGCAGCACCCAGAAUAAGAAUAUUGCUACAUUUAAAGGUAUUGGGAGAUGUAAUUUCAACUAUAUUUGUUUUUUGGU